AUGAAGAAGAAAAAUGAUCUGGAAGAUCUUUAUGAUAAGAAAGUUAUUGAAGAAGAAAUACUAUAAGUCCCUCAAGAGCUAAUAGAAAUAUAUAAAAAUUUCGAUUCUAUUACUCCUGAUGACAUAUAUGAAUGUUGCCAAAGCGAUGUUUAUCCAAUUAUAAAUUUGUUGUUCAAGCUGACAAUAUAAUUUCAGCUUUUAAAAACACCUAGGUAUCUCUCGCUUACUGAUUCCUAAGACUGGAGAAUGGGAUAUGUUUAAGUCUUUUUAGAUAAAGUAAUUCUUCCUUUAAGGAUAACAAAAUAAUAUACAAUCAGAAAAUUUUUGAGAUUAUUUAAUUUAGUUGAUAUUGAUUAUUUUAAGAAAGAAUUGCAACAAAUUAGAUUCGACUUUAUAAAUAAAAUCUAAUACAUACCUUUAGUAGUAAAAAAAAUUGAGUUGUUUUUGAUUUAAGGGAUCUAAUUCUAUGAACAAUACAAAAAAUAGAACCCUAAUGUUGUAGAAUACAUGGAAGCAAUCUCAGCUUUAGAAAAUAAUAGAAAAGAGAUUAUAAUAGCAAAAAAUAUUAAUAAAAAAUAUCCUUGA